CUCACACACAACACAAUGGAUAGAGCUUUCUCCUUCGAAGAUCCCUUCUGGUCAUCUUCCUCCUCCUCCUCCGCCGCCGCAGAGGACGAUGAGACAACCGGUCCUACAAUGAACCGUAGUGCUCCCGAGUGGGCUUUUCAGAGGUUUAUUACAGAAGAAGUUGAUAAGAAACGUGAAGAUAAAGAAGAAGGCCAGACUAAGGGAGAUCUGGAGAAGAAUGGGGCGACGUCUUUUCUCAAUGUCUGUUUGGAGAUUAACAAGAAUAGCAAUGUUCCCGUGGAUUUAGAUGAAUACCAAGCUGUUCUUAAGAACAAGCUUAACUUGGCUUGCGCUGCUGUUGCCAUGUCAAGGGCAUCUUUUGUGAAACCCCAAGACUCUGCUGCUAGAGCUGAUAGUGGAUCACAGGCUUCCAAUACUCUGCAAACCGGAUCCAAAGCUACUUCUAAAGGUUUAAAAUCAUCAGUUCGUAACCAAAAUUUCUUACAUGAAGCUGUUCUUCGUACUGUUUUCUUUGUUGCAGUGUUCAUUAUAUUCGUUUUCACUGUAUAUAUAGGGACUAGUGAUAAGGACCUUAAUGCUCCGGUGGGAUUUCCUUCCUCGCUCAAGGGACAAAAGAAGUCUGGAGUUCAGGUGAGGUCAAGCACGAUUGGAUCGUCAAGUGAACUGUCGGAUGAAGAUGAACUCGAAGGAGAGAAUGAAACGAUGGAGAAUAUGGAUCCUGCUGAUGCAAAACGUGUAAGGAGGAUGCUUUCGAAUCGAGAAUUGACUAGGCGCUCUAGAAGAAGGAAGCAUGCUCACUUGACCGAACUUGAGACCCAGGUUGCUCAACUAAGAGUUGAAAAUGCCGCCUUAUUGAAGCGUCUCUCCGACAUUAGCCAAAAGUACAAUAAUGCAGCUGUCGACAACAGAGUUCUGAAAGCUGAUGUUGAAACGUUGAAAGCUAAGGUGAAAAUGGCUGAAGGAUCGGUCAAAAGAUUCACCGGUUUGAGCUACGCCUCAGCCGAAAUAUCAACAAUGAGGAUGUCAUCGUUUGACGGAAGUCCCACCGAUACAUCAGCGGAUGCUGCUGUUCCUGUACAAGAUGGCUCAAAGCAUCCCAUAUAUCAGGCUGCUGCAAACAAGGCUAUAUCUACACAUGACCUGAGAACCAACAAUGCACUCUCGGACAUUUCUUCGGUUGAAAACAUACAACCUAGUUUGGGAGGAUCCGCCGUACCGGAAAAGAAAAUCAGACAAACAAAUUCUUUGCAGCGAGUGGCUAGCUUGGAGCAUCUACAAAAGCGUAUCUGCGGGCGUGUGAGCCCCUGUAGGCUCCAGUUUAAUGGUGAGAAAAAGUAGCAAGCACACAAAAGCAUACCGUGAAACGAGAUAAACUGAAGAAUGUGUUGUCUUAGAAUGAUCAAAUAGUACUGUAAUUUCUGGUUUUAACUGUUGGAAGCAAUGUUAUUCUUUAGGUUAAUUAUGCAGUAAUGGGCUAAUGUCAAGUGCUGAAAAAGAUUGAUUAAUCAAUACACUAGUCGAUUUUAUGCA